AUGGCCUUCGAGCCUCAGAUAGUAAACGACGUAGCGUGCCUUGGGUUCAUCCCGCCCGUCAUUGGUGCCCAGCUAACGUCGACUUCCAUAACCACCGGUGCGCAGCCAACCAAUCAGCCAUGUGUUUCCCCCGAGCAGUAUAGUCGGACUCCUCUGGCUCGUGCUCUCUGGCCGUUGCUCGGCAAGAUUGCGUUGUCGGCGGCGGUGAAUUUGGGGGAGUUGAGGAUAAUGGCGCUGGCCAUGGUCUCGGUGUAG